AACCCAAACCCUCUCUCUCUCUCUACAACUCUAUAAAAGCCGCUUCCGUUUUUAGGCCUUACCUGUCGUUUUGUUCCCUCGGAAUAAAGACCAUAUAUUUGAUCUCGCCCUUUAAGAAAGCCAAAGUAAAUGGAUCGGUGUGGCUCUUUCUAUGCCUGGUCCAUCGUUUUAAGGAUAAAUACUGAGUUACCCAUCUCAUUUCCUUCUAUGUUCUUGCCAUUUUUCAGAAAACUGUUAUUGGGUUCUUUAUAAUCCUCCCUAUUUUCUGUUCAUCUUCUCUGCUAAAUCUGGAGGUUGUUGAUAAAUAGAGAAAGGUCUCAUUUGAUCAUUUUAAAGCAAAGAGAAGAUUGUGGGGAGAGCACAGUAGAGCUUUGUUUGGAAGGGAACACUCCCAGAUCAGCAUAACAUGAAUCGUUUGCAGGGUAUCUUUACUUUUGUUGAUCAUGGAGGAGGAAACAUCAUGGAUCACCGAUCGCUUUGAUGACAUUGGGCGAGAGUUUACAUGUAUUUCAAAGUUUGAGCGAUUCCCUGAAAUCAGCGAUGAAGGCAAUAAUCUAAACCUAGUAGUUCCGAUAGAUUUUAUUCUUCCUGAUGACUUAUUGGAAAGAAUAUUUGUCUAUCUUCCUAUUGCAAGCAUCUUUAGAGCAGGUUGUGUGUGUAAACGAUGGAAUGAACUUGUAAAUUCCAGAAGGUUAAGUGUUUUAUCCCAAAAACCUUGGUACUUUAUGUUUACGAGCUCUGAUGAACCUACUGGGUAUGCCUAUGAUCCCAUCCUUCGGAAAUGGUACAGUUUGGAGCUCCCCCGCAUUGAGACACCUAACUGGUUUAUUGCUUCCUCCUGUGGUUUGGUUUGCUUCAUGGACAAUGAUAGUAGAAGCCAGCUAUUUGUCUGUAACCCUAUUACCAAAGAAUAUAAGAUCCUUGAUGAGCCUCCGGGUCUGAAAUACUCUGACUACAGUGCUCUUGCAAUCUCAGUUGAUAGGAUAUCUCACAGUUAUACUGUUGCAAUUGCAAAAUCUAAGCAAGUUCCUGGUAAUUUCAUCCAAUGGGAUCUCUCAGUUGAUGUCUACGAAUCGGAAACAAUGACGUGGGAGACUUCUGCGACAGAGCUGUUGACAGGGUGGAGAGGAGGCGAUGAAAGUGUGAUCUGUGAUGGGGUGUUGUACUUCUUGAUUUACUCUACUGUAGGUGGCAUGGGUUGGCACGAACGCCAUGGCUUGAUUAUGCAUGAUCUUUCUAGCCGUUCUUCCCGUGGUAAGCUGAUGCAAAUUCCUGUGCCUUGCCCUCUGACCUGUGGCCGCCUGAUGAACCUUAAUGAUAAGCUGGUGAUGGUGGGUGGGAUUGGGAAACCAGACAGACCGGACAUUAUAAAGGGGAUUGGCAUUUGGAUUCUAAAUGGGGAAGAGUGGCAAGAAGUUUCGAGGAUGCCCCACAAGUUCUUCCAAGGAUUUGGUGAGUUUGAUGAUGUAUUUGCUAGCAGUGGAACUGAUGAUCUCAUAUACAUACAGAGUUAUGGAGCUCCAGCUCUUCUUGUGUUUGAUAUGAACCAGAAGCAAUGGAAGUGGUCACAGAAGUGUCCUGUGACAAAGAGAUUCCCACUUCAACUCUUCACUGGUUUUUGUUUUGAACCAAGGCUUGAAGUUGCUCCCUAAUUGUGGGCCUGUUCUCUUUUUUAUUUAUGGUAAUUGAUCAUUUAAUGCUCCUCCCACGUUUUAAUUAAUUUUGGAAUUGAAGUCAGUAAAAAAUUCUAUAGAAAAUGUAGUGGACAAGGCAGUUGCUUAUUCAUGUCUCAUGAAAUGUGAAUUGUAUUCUUUGCUUUUGGAGAAUAUCAUCAGAAGAGUUACAAAUUGAAAGGUUGAGACCUUCUACAA